AGUACUGUCGAAACAACAGAAAUUAAAACAACGAAUGAUAAAGGUAAAACCUAUGACAUGAGUACCAAUAUUGAGAGAACAACUACAACAGAUGCUAGUCAUGUACCUAGUUCAUUAACAUCAACCACUGAGAACGAUUCGACAACACAUCCUGCAUCUAAAAUAAGCAAUCAUGCCACAACAACGACAAAAGAGAUGAUUGAACCAACCACAGAAACAAGUACAGAAGAAAUAACACAAAUUAUGACCAUAACUGACAAAACUAGAACGCAUGAAAUAACAACUAGUAUUGAGAGAGCUACCACUGCAGUGGACAGGACAAGUGCCAGCAAAUUAACAUCAACAACAUCAGGAAAUGCAGUAACCGCAACAAAUGCCAACAACAUAGCGAUAACAACUCCAGGAAAUCCAGCAACCGAUAAAAGUGAUAGUAAAACAACGACACAAGCUUCAAAAACCACAUUGACUUCACAAGAUGAAACAACUACUUCAAAAGAUAUAAGCUCUUCAACCACAGCAUUCAACGCUGAAUCAACUGUAACAAAACAAUCAACUACUUUUGACAACUAUGUCUCAACUACUGCAAGCAAUACACUUAAUCUAAGUGAGUCGAAAACGUCCGGAGUGUCACCAGGGAUAUACGGAGCAAUUGGAGGAGCCUUGCUUUUGAUAAUUGUAGCAGCUGUUGUGAUAUACAAAUGUGGAUUCAGAAAGCCUAAUGGACGUCCAUCAAUUCUUGUCGAAAGUAGUGAAUCGACAUUGAAUGCUAACAAGAGUGAAUCUAAAGGAACAGCCCCAACUGCAACGAUUUGUCCACAACAGUAUACCAGAGAAUCGAGCCAUCUAUCCAUUAGUUGGUCAGAAAGUUCUAGACCAAAUACUCCUGUUAACCUCUUUCUCGCUAAAGCAGAUAAAUAGCGACGAAGACUGAUACUCGUUUUUUUUUUCCUCAAAGAUAAACAAAAAUAUAACAAUGAUGAACUACCACUUUGUUUGUUUAUUAUAAGUUAGAUAUUGGUAAAGGUUAUGUAUGUUUAUGCUGACGUGCGAUUUUAUUUGAUAUAUUAACUCACUAACUUCCUUUAGAGUUUUUUUCUAUUUGAGCUCCACUGAUAAGUCUUAUGUAGAUAAACCUGCGUACUAUAUGAAAAUAACACUUUAUAGAUUAUUCCUUGGUAUCUUUGUUUAUUUUUAAUCUUCUUCUGUUCUGUUGAUGUUCACAUGCAAACAACAAAUAUUUUGUUUCAUAUAAGUUAAUUAAAAAAAAAAUGAGCAUUGUUUUUCAUUUUGGAAAAGUCUAAAAGAUAUAUUACCACAUUUUAACUUGAUUACUAAUGGAUGGUUUCAUAAAACAUUUGUACUAAAUCAACGGGAUAAAUUCGUCCAUAUUCUUGCACUGAAUGAUGGAUUUUUAUUUCCAAAUUCAUAAUGUACAUAACAGAAUUAUUAAAUUAAAAAACGUUACUAUGGUUUAUGUAUAACCUUGAAUAUAGCUAGCUCUCUUACUCUUUCCAUCUUGCGUACCAAGCUACGUUUGUUUCUUUACAAUAGAUAUGCAUAUGAACUAACCAAAUUGUUUUACGAGUAACUAUGGUAAUAAUAGGAAGCCAAAUGUAAACAUUUCUUAGCAAUUUAUAUUUUCUUAAAGGAACCGCGAUAUAGAGGUUAUUGAAACUAGUGAAAUACAAUUUGAAAUCGUUGAUUUAAAGGUGUGUAAUAGUUUUGUCGUAAUAAUCAGAAAGGCUUAAAAGGAGUUUCAUAUAUGGAAUUGUAUAAAAUUCCAUUUUUACAUAGAAAUGUGAGAUACGGAAAACGUCUAUACAUUUUUUGGUAGAAAAACUAAACUUUUCUUUAGUCAAACUUCAACAUUGCAAUGAAAAUUGGUCUUAUGGAACGGAAAAUGUCUAUUUAGUGUAAAUUUGAAGAAUAAAAAUUGUUGUACACACCCUUAUGCAUGUGUUA